AUUCUAACCUUCUUUCUGUUCCGGUAUCUGUCAAACUGGAAGUACCAACAUAAGAAAGUAAAUCUGUGUCUUGUUAAAACCAGCUUGAAGCUUCAUAGGGUAAAUUUUGACGUUUUUUCAUAAAACAGUCCAUAUGAAUGGUCUACGUGACCUACUUUUACUUAUGCGGCUUCAACCGAUUUAUAGUGAUUUUUGUUGCAAGCGUAUCGAGUCGGCCAUUUUAGUAAUCAUUGGUGUUUUUACUGUAAAUUAAGGUUGCUCUUAAUAAAUAAAUAUAAAACUUAGAAUGAAACAUACAGAAGAUAAUCAAACAAUUGAACGUCGAUCAAUAAAUUAUGGCUGCUAAUAUAUAAGAGAAAAGUGCGGUAAAUAAUUGACGAAAUAUUUUGAUUGACUGUGAUCGUGUUGAUAUUCGACAAUGUCUGGUGGAGAUGAGAUAUGUUCGUCGGGGACAGGUGUUAACAUCCAAGUUUUUCGUCCUACUUGGGAUGAAUUCAAAGAUUUUAACAAAUAUAUACAGUAUAUGGAAUCAAAAGGAGCAAAUAAAGCUGGUCUUGCUAAAGUUAUUCCUCCACCAGAGUGGGUUCCCAGGCGAAAUGGUUAUGACUUAGAAGACCUGAACAUCACAAUUCCGUCACCAAUUUGUCAGGUUGUUACAGGAAAGCAAGGUUUAUUUCAACAAAUUAAUAUUCAAAAAAAAUCAAUGACAGUCAAACAGUUCUCGGUACUUGCGAACUCUGCGAAAUACUGUACACCACGACACACUAGUUUUGAAGACUUAGAACGUAAGUAUUGGAAGAAUGUCACCUAUGUGGCACCCAUUUAUGGCGCAGAUGUGAAUGGAAGCAUUACAGACCCUGAUGUUAAUGAAUGGAACAUCAACCGCUUAGGUACUAUCUUGGACUUUGUUAACUCUGACUAUGGCAUCGAAAUAGAUGGUGUGAAUACGGCAUAUCUCUAUUUUGGUAUGUGGAAGACAACAUUUGCGUGGCAUACAGAAGAUAUGGAUUUGUAUUCAAUUAAUUAUUUGCACUUUGGUGAGCCUAAAACUUGGUAUGCAGUGCCUCCUGAACAUGGAAAACGGUUUGAACGAAUAGCUGCUGGUUUCUUUCCGACUUCCGCUAAAACAUGCCAAGCAUUUUUAAGGCACAAGAUGACUUUAAUCUCACCUCAAAUCUUAAAGCAAUAUUCUGUACCGGUUAACAAAAUUACUCAAGAGGCUGGUGAAAUUAUGAUAACAUUUCCCUAUGGAUAUCAUGCUGGGUUUAACCAUGGUUUUAACUGUGCUGAGUCAACAAACUUUGCUGCACCAAGGUGGGUUGAAUAUGGAAAGCGAGCCACUCAGUGCACUUGCAGCAAUGACAUGGUAAAAAUUUCUAUGGAUACAUUUGUGAAACGGUUCCAACCUGACCGCUAUGAGUUAUGGCUUAAAGGGCAAGAUAUAGGCUGCCACCCAGAACAACCAGAAAAAAUGGUUCCUGCUCCACAUCCGUCAGGUCAAGAUAUUCUUUGUAAUAAAAAUAAUACAGAACUUCCACAAACAUUUAUUGAAGCUGAAGAAGAAGGUUUGAAAAAGAAGAAAAGACAUCCACUACACUUAAAACGUGCCAUGGCAAGUAAAAGCAUUUCUGAAGGGGCUAUUGCAGUGUCAAUAUUGGGUCAUGAUGUCAUGGAUGAUGACGAAAUGGCUAUGGCGGAAGGAGAUUUAGACAUGAUGACAUCAAUGAAAAAACCUAUAAUGCCAAUAGAGCCAGGAGACCCACAGCUGGAUGCCCUAGAAGAUAUAUGGCUGAAAGGAGACGAGAUGGACCCUUCAGAAGCACAGUUGCCAGAUGUUGGUUACAUGGAUUCUGAUAAAGACUCAGACUAUGAAGUACCUAAGACAAAAAAGCCCAAUAAAGUCAGAAAACCGAGAAAGGACAGUAUUAAAAAAGAGAAAAAAGAGGUAGAUGAAGUAGACAAGCCAAAAACUACUCCGAAAAAAAGGCAGAUUAAAACGAAAAAAUUGUCAAACAAAGAGCUUGAAGACAUGUCAGAUGUAAUAUCAAAUUGGGACUUACCACAUCACAACAUUUUAACUGAAACAGUAGUUAGUCAAUCAGAUCCAUUAAGUAACAUUACCGACACAAAUACAGAGGCUAAAAACACAACACUACAGAGAGACAUCACAAAUGAACCUAAAAAGAGAAAACCAGGUAGAAAACCUAAAGACCCUAGUCAGGACACACCGAAGAAAGAUAUUAAAAAAGAACAGACUAAACGCACACCUAGGCCAAAGAAAGAAAAGCUUGAAGGGGACAAAUUACGCAAACCAAGAAAACAAAAGGCUCCAAAAUGCAAUCCAGACUUUGAGUAUCAUUCACCUCUACAGCCUGUUAUUUCCAGACAGAAUAAAAUUUAUAACGAACAGUCUCCAAAACAUCAUAAAAAGCCACCUGGUUGUCCUAAAGUAUAUCCAGGACUUGCCGACACAAAUUCACGAGUACCUUCAGUAUUGCCACCUAUAAAUAAGAAUCCUAGUGCUUUUGAAAGUGAAUUUCACAAAUUCAUGACAAAAAAUCAAAACGAAUUAACGCCUAUAUACCAUAAGAAGUCCCCACCGAAAACAAAGAGAACUGAAACUAAACCAGUAAAAGAAGCUAUACCACAGAGAACAGACUUUCCGCUUCCAAUUGGGCAGUAUAAUGAUAAUAUUUUCCUAGACACACCGAUAGAUUAUAGAAUGUAUCAAACACAAGGUAUGCCACCACCACAGAUGGCAAACCCCUCACAAGAUAGAAAAGCAUGGCGAGGAGAUUAUUAUUCGAACUCUUAUAAUUUUAAUAACCCUUAUGAUUCAAUGAAUCACCCAUUUUACAGAAGUCCCUAUCAAACACCCUGGUAUAAUUAUCAAAAAUAGGCAAUAUUUUAUCUAUAUAGUUUUGUUGUAUGUUUCUCUAAAUAUGGUUUUAUGUAUAAGUAAUAAAUAUUCUAAGACAUAA